AUGGAAACCACUUACUUCGACGGAGCACCGUGGCUUUUUUUAAUAGUGUAUAUUAUUACUUUUGUAGCAGGACUUCCACUAAACCUGUUGGCCUUCGUUACACUCAUUAGAAAAUUCAGGCAGCAGCUAGUGUCGAUAGACAUCUUGCUCUUUAACCUGACUGUGUCUGACCUGCUGCUUUUGGCUUUCCUCCCUUUCCGUAUAGUGGAAGCGGCUUCUGGAAUGGAUUGGUUUAUGCCUUAUGUGUUCUGUCCCUUGUCGUUUUUUAUGUAUUUCAGCAGCAUCUACAUUACCUCCCUUUUCCUCAUGGCUAUAAGCGUAGAGAGGUACCUGGCCGUGGCGUAUCCUAUCAAAUACAAGCUUCUGAAAAAUCCAGUGUAUUCAGUACUGGGAAGUGUCGUCAUCUGGAUCCUUGGGACCAUGCAUUGCAGCGUUGUCUACAUUGUGGAGCAUUUUAUACCUGCCAACAUGAAUAAAACCAAUGUUACGCGUUGCUAUGACCAAUUCUCACCCGAGCAGCUAAAGAUUCUUUUGCCUGUUCGACUGGAGAUGUUUGUGGUUCUCUUCUGUAUCCCUCUACUAGUGACCGUCUUCUGCUACUUCAAUUUUGUCAAAAUCUUGGUGGCACAGCCCCGCAUUCAGAAGGAGAAGAAGAAAAGAGCCAUUGGUUUGGUGGUGGCCACACUGAUCAAUUUUAUCCUCUGUUUCAUGCCUUACAAUGUAUCACAUGUGGUGGGAUAUAUGGAGGGCGAGAGUCCUCUUUGGAGAACGUAUGUUCUUCUCCUUAGUACGUUCAACUCCACGGUGGACCCUGUGAUUUUCUACUUUUCGUCUGCCUCGUUUAAAAAGAUGUUUUUAGAGGGCCUGCUCCAGGUAAUGAACAAAAUACAGCUAGGGAGCUGUUGGGGCUCAUGUAUGGAACGUUGCAAGAAAGCAAAAGAGGAUACUUACGAAAGUCAUGGGUCAUAA